AUGUCCGCCGACCCAGUCAACAUUGCUCCUGCCGACGAAACCAAUCCGGUGCCAAUCCCUAAUUUACUCCAGCAGGAACGGCGCUUUGUGCUCAACCAACCCAAUUGCUCUGCUCUUCACGAACAGGCAGCAAAGGAACUUUUGCAAGGCAUCAUUCAAGAUGAAAUGGGACCGUUCCUCGAGACUAUCCUGCAAUCAGACUCGUCCACGAUUUCGGCAGCAUUUCAACAGAUCGUCCCCAGCCACCUAGUUUCAGAGCUUUCCGCAAAAAAUAAAGAGCAGAUCGAGUCGAUUCAAACUAAACUCAACGAUGCGAUUGAAAACUUAGGAGAGACAGAAGUUUCGGAUCUUUUACGGACAAAAGCCCUCUACCUGUCCAAGAUUGGUGCCGAAAAAUCCCAGAGUGUGGCCGCGUUCGAGGAGGCCCUAAAGAAACAGGCCGGCUUGGGAAGCAAAAUCGAUCUCAGGUUAGGACUGAUUCGAGUCGGAUUUUUCCAUGGUGAUCAUCAAUUAAUUAUGGAUCAAAUCGUCGAAGCCAAACAACUUGUUGACUCUGGGGGUGACUGGGAUCGUCGAAAUCGUCUCAAGGUGUAUCAAGCCAUGAACUUUAUGGCGGUACGAAACUUUAAAGAAGCCACCCCUCUUUUACUCGACACUCUCAGCACAUUUACGGCAACCGAAUUAUUAAGCUACGAGGAUUUCGUCACCCUCACGGCAAUUUCAGCAGCUCUUACUCUCGAACGCAAGGAUAUGAAGAAGAAGCUCAUCGAAUCCCCAGAGGUCAUCCAAAUCAUUCCCGAACGACCUCACUUGCACGCAAUGGUUUGUGCGAUUCACAACACAGAAUACGACAAGUUUUUUGUCGAACUAGCGAAAGUAGAGCAAACAUAUCUGUUGCCCUCCAGGUGGUUGUCAAUACACGCGAGGUAUUACGUUAGGGAGAUGCGAAUCAAAGCCUAUAGUCAACUACUGGAAAGUUAUCGAAGUGUCAGUAUCAAAAGCAUGGCCCAGGCUUUCGGAGUGACGGAGGAUUACAUUGACAGUGAAUUGGCGCGGUUUAUCGCCGCUGGCCGGUUGAAUUGUGCGAUUGACAAAGUCAACGGGAUCGUCGAAACCAAACGGGCAGACGGGAAGAAUGCGAUGUAUACAUCUGUACUUAAAAAUGGUGAUGCGUUGCUCAACUCAAUUCAGAAACUGAGUCGUGUGAUUGGAUGA